CAAGGGGGAAAAAAAAAAUUAAGAUUUGUUGGAUACAUUUAGAAGCAGCGAUGCCCGCUCUGUUUCUAACCGUGCAGGUAUCACUGAAGCGGCAGAGGCUGUUAGUGCCAGGGUGAAUCACACUUGUGCUGAACAGUCCACUCAGAUCUGGGUGGCUUGCGAGUCUCCUUGAGAAGCAGCCUACUAAAGCAAAUCCACCUGUUCGACUCUCAAGGUGAGGAUCAUGGGAGAACAACUGUUAGAGAACAGCAUCCUUGAUCAAUUUAUUAACAGCCAUGAGCAGUCACAUGAAGAGUUUCUAAAUACAUUCACCUGUCUUUUGAAAGAGAAAGAGGAGAAGACAAUUCAAGGAAAUAAAGUGGACUACUUAAGAAAAAUAUUUUCUACUUCUGAAUUAUCAAACAGAAAUAAACAGAAUGGCUCACCUGAAAGAAGCAAAGAAAUGUGGGUAUCUCUUCCAUCACAGAUGCCAAAUGAGAAUGAGGUAUUUCUGCCUAUCUACCUGCAGACAGUGAUGAAUGAGAGCUGGAAAGCUGGUGGAUCAGAUGGAAAGAAUCUCAGUCUGUCUCAAAGAGCGAAGCAGGUGGACAAGUACUUAGAUUGGGAAGAUAUAGACUCAGAUGAAGAGACAUGCAGUGCAGGGUCAUUAGUUCUUCCGGGAGAGGUAGAACAGACAGGGACUUAUUGUACACCCAUUUUUGAUAAGCCUAUUCAACUGAAGUUCAGAAACUUGUCAGUUCCACAGCCACUGGACAGCAGACCCCAAGAGCUACUGGGGGAUGAUGUUCAACCCUUCUCACUUGAUGAAGAAUUUGACUAUGACAAUGUGGCAGUGACCCCUAAGUUCUCUGAAGCUGAGCUGAAGGCCAUUAAAGAAUUGUCUAAAGAGAAGAAAACGGGUUCAGCAUGAGCUGAAGACUAAGUCAAAGGCGUUCUGUGCAGGCUGUUGAAAUGACAUUUUUAUGGGAAAAAUAUAGCUCUUCAUUGUACCCCUAUUUAAUGUUCUUA